UGUUUCAAGUAAAUUAUCCAUAGCCGUAACUAAUCCAGUGUAUUUGUUAUUUAUUUUUAUUUCUGUUACAGAGAAAUUUACUUCUGCUACUGUUACAUGCGUGUUGCUUAAAAUCUCUCAUAAUUUGAAUAGUCUUCCUGAAGGAAACACAUUAAGUUAUUAUUUUCCUUUGUGUAUCAAUUUUAUUUACUUUGUGCACUUCACGAUCAUUUAUACUACGUGUCGCUAAUUUACAUGAAAUAAUACAAAUUUUGUGAGGAUAACAUUGCCAUGGAUGAUAGCUAUGGCAGAGAGUAAAGACUCCCUUAGACGUCGAGUUUAUUAUGCUGCACGAGAUGGCAUGUCAAUUACUUUGUAUGCAUUGCUUUCUAAUGUAGUACCUCAAAGUUCAGUGCAACAUUAUUUAAAUGAGGCUGUUGAAGAUGAAGGUCAAAAAUGCACUCCUUUAUUAAUAGCUGCUCUUAAUGGCCAUAUAAAUGUAAUAAGGAUGAUGUUACAUCGCUUUCAACCCGACAUUGAGCAGGAUGGAACUGUACAAAUUGAUGGUUAUGUUAUUGAAGGAGCUACUGCUUUAUGGUGUGCUGCAUCAGCUGGACAUUUCAAUGUCGUGAAAUAUUUGCUGUCUCGUGGUGCUGAUGUUAAUCACGCCACGAAAUCAAAAUCAACUCCCCUACGAGCUGCUUGUUUCGAUGGAAGAUUAGAUGUCAUCCAAUAUUUGGUUGAUAAAGGGGCAGACAUACAUAUGGCAAACAAAUACGACAACACAUGCCUGAUGCUCGCUGCCUACCGUGGUCGCAUUGAUGUUGUAACGUAUCUCUUAACCAAAAAAGCAGAUCCUGAUGCUCAAACACAAUGUGGUGCAACAGCUCUCCAUUUUGCUGCUGAUCAUGGGCAUGUUGAUAUUGUGAAAAAACUUUUAAAACAUGGCGCAAAAAUUACUAGAAAUAAAAUGGGGCUGACUCCCUUGCUUCAAGCUGCUGAAAGGACUAAAGCUGAAGUGGUUGAAUAUUUCAUUAAAAAAUCAUGGUGUGAUAAACAGGAAGCCGUUGAGGCGCUUGAACUCUUAGGUGCUUCUUUCGCUAAUGAUAAAGACUUCUAUAGCUUGGAAAAAGCUUAUUACUACAUGCACUGGGCUUUAUCGGAAAGGGAAAAUCAUCCUGACUUAUAUUGCCCUAAGGUCUUAUCAUCUCCCAUAGUAGCUUAUGACAAUCAUAUAGAAUGCCAAACUUUAACUGAAUUAGAAGCUAUAAAAAAUAAUAGCAAUGCUCUUCACAUGGAAUCGUUGGUUAUUCGGGAAAGAAUAUUAGGCUCCAAUAACCAUGAAGUUCCCCAUCCCAUAGUUUUCCGAGGUGCCUUAUUUGCUGAUGUAGGUCGUUUCGAUAGGUGUGUUGAUCUCUGGCUGCAUGCCUUGAAUUUGAGGUAUACACACAAUGUAUCUGUGAGAAAAGAUCUUCUAAGAUUUGCUCAAGUAUUUGCACAAAUGAUACAUAUCGGUGAAGAAGUGCAAUUUAACAAAAUUUAUCCUGUGCUUGACAUCACACUUGCAGAACUAAAGCGGAAUAGUAAGUUACUGAAUUCAAGUACAGAAGGAUCCCCAGAUUGUGUUCUCGAAGAAUUGGAGGACGACAUUUAUACCACCCUUUACUUAUUAGUUAUUACCACUAAACUUAUGAAAAAUUUGUCUUCUGAUGAAGAAUUUAAAAUAUUCAAACUAGUUUAUGAAAUCAACCAACUAAACUUAACUACAAGCGAUGGCUCUACGUUGUUGCAUUUAGCUGUUAACGUUGAUACCAUUGUUGAUGAGUUUCACACUAAAUAUGUCUGUAAGUUCCCGUGUGCAUCAACUGCAAGAAUGCUCAUACAGUGUGGUGCUGAUGUUGAUGCUGUUGAUAAAGCAGGAAAUACACCUCUACACAUUAUAGUUGCUUAUCAAAAACCUAUCACGGAUUUUAUGACAUUGCAUUCAAUAAUUACAAAGCUUCUCGAUGCAGGGUCGCAUAUUGAUCGUGUAAAUAAUAAUGGUGAAUCUCCGUUUGAUGCAGUUUUGACGGGUGUUGCUGAAAUUAUUUUAAAAACGCAACACCAAUUGAACCUAAAAUGUAUGGCUGCAAGAGCUGUUAAAAAGUAUAAUCUGAAUUAUAAAGGUAUUGUUCCUUUCACAUUAGCUUCUUUUACUGAUAUGCAUGGUCCUCCAAAGAAAAAAAAAAUUAAAUGAUGCUAUAUUUGGUGGAAUAUACCUGCAUUAAUGUGAUCUGUUGUUAAUCACUAUGAGUUUUAAUAUUUAUAAUAUUAUAUAUUACUGUUUUAUGUACAUAUAUAUUUUGCAUAUAAAUAUAAACUAUCUAAAGAUCUAUUUGACUAUAA